ACGCCAGGCCCGCCCCUGCCUCCCUCCCUCCUCCUCCUCCUCCUCCUCCUCCUCCUCGCAGGCCCGGCCUUGCCACCACCAUCCCGCCUCCCAUUCCCCGGCCUCCGUCGCCACCCCGCAGCGGCCCCCUCCUCCUCCUCCUCCUCCUCGUCGUCCUUCCCCGCCGGCUCCCAGACAUGACAGCCAUCAUCAAAGAGAUCGUCAGCAGAAACAAAAGGAGAUACCAAGAGGAUGGAUUCGACUUAGACUUGACCUAUAUUUAUCCAAACAUAAUUGCUAUGGGGUUUCCUGCAGAAAGACUUGAAGGUGUAUACAGAAACAACAUUGAUGAUGUAGUAAGGUUUUUGGAUUCGAAGCAUAAAAACCAUUAUAAGAUAUACAAUCUAUGUGCAGAAAGACAUUAUGACACCGCCAAAUUUAACUGCAGAGUUGCACAGUAUCCUUUUGAAGACCAUAACCCACCACAGCUAGAGCUUAUCAAGCCUUUUUGUGAAGAUCUUGACCAAUGGCUCAGUGAAGAUGACAAUCAUGUUGCAGCGAUCCACUGUAAAGCUGGAAAGGGACGAACUGGUGUAAUGAUUUGUGCAUAUUUAUUACAUCGAGGAAAAUUUUUAAAGGCACAAGAAGCCCUAGAUUUCUAUGGUGAAGUAAGGACCAGAGACAAAAAGGGAGUAACUAUUCCCAGUCAGAGACGUUAUGUGUAUUAUUAUAGCUACUUGUUAAAGAAUCAUCUGGAUUAUCGACCAGUGGCACUGCUUUUUCACAAGAUGAUGUUUGAAACUAUUCCAAUGUUCAGUGGUGGAACAUGCAAUCCUCAGUUUGUGGUCUACCAAUUAAAGGUGAAGAUAUACACCUCCCCAUCAGGACCCACAAGACGUGAAGAUAAGUACAUGUUCUUUGAGUUUCCUCAGCCGUUGCCAGUGUGUGGUGACAUCAAAGUGGAGUUCUUCCACAAACAGAACAAGAUGCUUAAAAAGGAAAAAAUGUUUCACUUUUGGGUAAAUACAUUCUUCAUACCAGGACCGGAAGAAAAUUCAGACAAAGUAGAAAAUGGAAGUCUAUGUGGCGAUCAAGAAAUUGAUAGCAUUUCUAGUACAGAGCGCCCAGAUAACGACAAGGAAUAUCUAAUCCUUACAUUAACAAAAAACGAUUUAGACAAGGCAAAUAAAGACAAGGCCAACAGAUACUUCUCUCCAAACUUUAAGGUGAAGCUGUUCUUCACAAAAACGGUAGAAGAGCCAUCAAAUCCGGAGGCUAGCAGCUCAACUUCAGUAACACCAGACGUUAGUGACAACGAACCUGAUCAUUAUAGAUAUUCUGACACCACUGACUCUGAUCCAGAGAACGAACCUUUUGAUGAAGAUCAGCAUACGCAGAUUACGAAAGUCUGAAUAUUUUUUUUUAUCGAGAGGGGAAAAAAAACCACAAAAAAAAGACAAACUUGAAUAAACUGAAAAAGGACCUUUUUUAACGGCGAUAGGACGUCGUGUCAGAUUACCAUUAUAGGAACAAUUUCUCUUUUCCUGACCAAUCUUGUUUGGCCCUCUCCAUCCACAGGGUUUUGACACUUGUCGUCCAGUUGAAAAAGGUUACGUAGCUGUUCUGUAUAUUCCUUUUUGUGGCAAGAGGACAUUUAAAAUUUCAAUUAGGAAAAUAAAGAUGGCACUUUCCAUUUUAUUCUGGUUUUAUAAAAGCGGAGACAGAUCUGAUGUGUAUUCGUAGGAAUUUUUCCUUUUGUGUUCUGUCACCCACUGAAGUGGCCAAAAAGCGCUUCAGAAUGUACAGGUUCACAUCCUACCCCUUUGCACUUAUGUGGCAACAGAUGGAUCUGCAGUGGGCUAAGAGAAGUUUCAAGGGUUUUACUGCAUUUGAAUGCAUGUAUUUUGGCUAGGGAGAUGGAGAGGGAUGUCCAGAAAGGAACUCGAUUUCAUGCUGAACCGUCUCCAGCUACUUACAUGCACCUUUCUUUAGCACAGGCUACAGUAAUUACUCCUGGACGUUUGAGGAACCGGCCGCUGUCACUGCUCGUGGUUUGUGCGUUUUAUUUUUUUAAGCAAAAUGGUGCUAGAAAAGGCAGCUAGAGGGAGGGAUUCUGUAAGAGGGGUACCGGAGUGAACCUUCCACAACACCACCAGGACCCACAAAUGAAGGGAUAGAGAGAUCAUAGGGUCUUAGAGAAACACAACAACAAUGACUUAACCAUACAAAUGUGGAGGCUACCAAAAUAAAAUGAGCUUGAAACAACUGUUAUACGAAAUUGACAAUGAUUUAUUAAAUUUGUUUUCUCGAUUGUAAUGGCUGCUCCAUCUCCUGUGUAAUCAAGGCCAGUGCUCAAAGUCAGAUGCUAUUAGUCCAUUCAUCACUCAACAAUUUUCACUUAUUUUAUUAGUUUUCAAUCAUAUACCUGCUGUGAAUGCUUCAUGUGCUGCCUGCAAGCUUCUUUUUCUGAUUAAAUAUAAAAAUAUUUUGUAACGCUGCACGGGAAAUUUCCAUUUGAGAUUCUACAGUAAGUGUUUUUUUUUUUUUAUUAAAAUUUAUGAUACAUUUAUUCAAUCAAAUAGCUGUCAGCCGUUCCACCCUUUUGACCUUACACAUUCUAUUUCAGUGAGUUUUGCAGUUUUGCACACUUUUUUAAUGUCAUUAACUGUUAGGGAAUUUUACUUGAAGAAUACUUAAUACCUAUGAUGUUUAUAUAUUAAAAAAAAGAACAUUAUACAUGUGCAAAAGGAAACCAGUGUUGCAAUAAAUUCACAACACUGCACAGCUAUAAAAUCGUUUACUUUUUAAAUAGAAAUUUUCCCAGGUAUUCUUUCUUAUGAUGUUUUUGCCAUUAAAAGAAUAGAUUUCUAAACUGGCAGUGUUGUAUCAUUUCUUCACGGGGCUACAGACAGGACCAGGGCUUGAGUUCCCCAGGCUGCAGGAAAUGAUCAAGCCGAGUACAACUCCUGUUGUAGAGCAGAGGUGAGGUUGCCGUUGACUGUUAGAAAUUCCACGGUCUCCGAAACGUACCCGGGGCCUCCCAAGCGCUUGACCCGACUAGCUUCCCGACAUUUCUUUUGGCUUAGUGGCGUGAAGUCCCGUUCGAAUUACCGGUGCCGCCACUUCUCGGAAGCUGGGAGCUGGACCUAGCGAGUGACCGAAUCCAGAAGCUGUAGGGCCCACUCGAAGACCGCAGUCGUUCGUUGCAUUUGAGUGGUGAUUAGAAGGCGGCAAGACGUUACCUGAUCAGUUGGGUAGACGAUGAAACGACCGUGCUUAGGAUAUCCGUGGGUCGGUUCCAUCGGCUCAGCUGACGAUUUCCGUUGUUUCGAUAAAACUUCUAUAUUAGGACUUCUACAGAUGUAGAAAGGUGUUCGCGUGCUAAGCGUACCGAUUCCACUUUCAGGGGAAAACUGAGCAGCAGGAAACAGCUACCUUAAGCUCGUUGUGGGCAGGGAAGGUGUCUGCCGACGGUUGCGCUCUACUCUCCCAGGCGCCCAGUGCAGCGCUCCGCACACAGUAAGCGCUCAGUAGAUACCAUCGGUCGAUUUGAGAUUUGACCCUGGGGUUCACGUUCCGUCUAGUCUUUCAUAGCCGCAAGUCACGCUGACGAAUGCAGAGAGGAAACGCUGAUGUCUAGCCGUUGAUACGGACUUGGCCCCAGUUUGGGGAUCAGGAUAUUACCGAACCUUAGUUCGUGUGGUAUUCCAGUAUGGCGCACUGAGGGCCAGGUUGAAAAUAAUGACAUUAUAAUGGGCUUUUGCACUGUUCUUAUUUUUCCUUUGGAAUGUGAAGGUCUGAAUGAGGGUUUUGAUUUUGAAUGUUUCAGCGUUUUUGAGAAGCCUUGCUUACAUUUUUAUGGUGUAGUCAUUGGAAAUGGAAAAAUGGCAUUAUAUAUAUUAUAUAUAUAUAUAUAAAUAUAUAUAUUAUACAUACUCUCCUAUACUUUAUUUCAGUUACCAUCCCCAUAGAACUUGACAAGAAUUACUAUGACUGAAAGGUUUUUGAGUCCUUACUGAACUUUAUUUAUGACAGUAUUCAUCAUUAGCCCGAAACGCAUUCAUUCGGUAGGUAACCUCUGAGUUUCUGGACUGUUCGCUUAAAACUUCUGGAGGUGCAGCAGCUUACAUGUCUGAAAUUACUUGAAGGCAUCACUCUUUCAAACGAGCUUACCGUUGGCCCUGUACCAUCCCUAGUCAUCUGUAGCCCACUGGAUUUUUUUUUUAAAUUUUUCCCUCCACAAUUAUUAAGGGGCAGUUGUAUAAAUAGCAUCAAGAUUCUUUUCUGUGGCCCAGGUGGAAAACCGAAAUGGAGUUUACAAGCAGCAUCAAAUGUUUCAGCUUUAAAAAGAUAAAAUUAGGGUGCGAGUUCCAUGUUUAGUUCUAGAAAAUUUGUGCAAUAUGUUAACGAUGGCUGUGGUUGCCACAAAGUGCCUCGUUUACCUUUAAAUACUGUUAAAAUGUGUCAUGCAUGCAGAUGGAAGGGGUGGAACGGUGCACUAAAAUGGGGGCUUUAACUGCAGUGUUUGGCAGAGAUGCCUUUUCCUCUGCCAGUUCAAAUUUUCAAUCUGUUUUCAUAUAGAAUAUAUAUACUAAAAAAAAAAAAACAAAAAAACUUCAGUCUGUUAAACAGCCUUACUCUGAUGCAGCCUCUUCAGAUACUCUUGUGCUGUGCAGCAGUGGCUCUGUGUGUAAUGCUAGGCACUGAGGAUACACAAAAACAACAAUGACGUGUACAGGAUAAUGCCUCAUACAAAUCAGAUGUCCAUUUGUUAUUGUGUUUGUUAACAACCCUUUAUCUAUCUCUUAGUGUUAUAAACUCCACUUAAAACUGAUUAAAGUCUCAUUCUUGUCA